CAUGCCCACCACUGCAGCACACUUACGAAACUGAUUGGAACUGAUGCCGGAAUUCAUCUACACACACGUGGUUUUCACACAGAGACACAGAAAACACCUGGACAGAUAAUACUUAUUAAGGGGCUUUGCAGAAAAGAGUGAGAGUGUGAGCCAUGGGUCAGUGGCUGAGCUGGCUCCUCUUGCUGACAGGACUGCUGGCAGUCUACACACAGGAUUAUUCAAAGGAAAGGACAGGAGAGAGAAAACACUACCUAAAAUAUGAUGGAGCAGCCAUUUUGGAUGAAGACUGUGGUCUUGAAUUGGCCUUUCUUGUGGACAGCUCAGAGAAUGCCAAAGGCCACCACCAGCAAGAGAAGAAGUUUGCCAUGGACAUUGUGGAUGGUCUGCAGAGCAUCCGUUUAAAAACUGGGCGCAAACUGAGCUGGAGAGUGUCACUACUCCAGUACAGCAGUCAUGUCAUCAUUGAGCAAACUUUCAAACAAUGGAAGGGGACUGAGAACUUCAAAAACAGCAUCAGUCCCAUGAGCUAUAUUGGCCACGGCACCUAUACUACCUACGCUAUUACCAACAUGACGAAGAUCUUUUCAGAUGAGUCCAAAGCUGAUGACAUCAAAAUCGCACUGCUUCUUACCGAUGGAGUCACCCAUCCAAGAAAUCCUGACAUCUUCUCAGCUGUAGCUGAUGCCAAGAAUCAAGGAGUGAAGUUCUUCACCAUCGGCAUCACACACACUGCUAAUGACCCGGCCAACAUUGCCCGUCUGAGGCUACUAGCCAGCACACCCGCCUCAAGCUUCCUCUUUAACCUUCAGGACACACACAUCACUGAGAAGAUCCUUACUGAGAUUAUGCAACUAGCAGAGGAUGGGUGCCCUGUGUCUCAGAAAUGUGCAUGUGAGAAGGGUGAGAGAGGACCUAGUGGCCCAGCAGGAAAGAAAGGUCGCCCAGGUGAAGAUGGAGCCCCCGGGCUUAAAGGUCAAAAGGGUGAAGCUGGGUUGAGUGGACUUCCUGGACGUGAUGGCUCAGAGGGUAAACCUGGCUACAAAGGGGACAAGGGAGACAGAGGUGAAUGUGGUACACCAGGAGUCAAGGGUGACAGGGGUCCAGAGGGUCCGGUUGGUACGAGAGGAUCCAGAGGGUUGCAGGGAUUACCAGGACCACAGGGGGACAUCGGACCAGAGGGCCCGCAAGGCAAGCAGGGUGAGCGUGGUUUGAUAGGUCCACCUGGCCUUCAGGGCGAGACUGGGAUUGGACUUCCAGGUCCAAAGGGUGAUAUGGGAUUUCAGGGCAGACCUGGUCCUCCUGGCCUAACCGGAAUCGGAGAACCAGGACCACCUGGGCCUCAAGGUCCACAGGGUGUUCAAGGUGAAAAAGGACCACAAGGAGAAGGAUAUCCAGGACCUAAGGGAGACCGGGGGCCGGAUGGACCGAGGGGCCCAAGGGGACAACAAGGCAUUGGAAUUAAAGGAGAAAAGGGUGAGCUUGGACCUGCAGGGCCCCCAGGACCAGUUGGUCUUCCUGGGAUUGGGAUUCAGGGCGAGAAGGGUGUGGAGGGCCCAAAAGGACCUCCAGGAGUUAGAGGGACACCAGGAGAGGGUUUGCCUGGACCAAAGGGAGAACAAGGAUUACCAGGAGAAAUUGGCAGCCCAGGGGAGAGAGGAAUUGGAGAAUCUGGACCAAAGGGUGAGCCUGGUGCCGCAGGACUGGCAGGUUUACCUGGACUUCCUGGAGAGGAUGGUGCUCCAGGCCAAAAGGGUGAGCCUGGAGCAACUGGGCUGAGAGGACCUGAAGGAGAAGCAGGAAUUGGCACACAAGGAGAAAAGGGAGACCAAGGCCAGCGGGGUGUCAGAGGAUUACCAGGCCCACCAGGCAUUUCUGGCCCUUCAGGUGCCAAGGGAGAGCCUGGAGCACCAGGGCGAUUAGGCAUGCCAGGACUUCCUGGGCGAGCUAUUGCAGGACCAAAGGGUGAUGUUGGGCCUACUGGUCCUCCUGGACCAAUUGGAGAAACAGGAUAUGGGCUUCCAGGUCCAAAGGGUGACCGUGGCAAUCCUGGCCCUCAUGGGCCAUUUGGGCCAAAAGGUGAAGGAUAUCCUGGACCAGUGGGUCCCCCUGGUCUCCCAGGACUGCCUGGAGAACCUGGUCCCGAAGGUAUCGGUUUCCCUGGACCAAAGGGUGACGUUGGUUUCCGAGGUUUACCUGGUUUACCAGGCCCACCAGGUGAAGGGAUUCCAGGACCACCGGGCAACACAGGAAGGCCAGGCCCACCAGGACCAGUUGGGCCCCCAGGAGAGGGCAUUCAAGGCCACAAAGGAGAUCAGGGGCCACCGGGUAUCACUGGACCGAGAGGACCACCAGGGGAGAGACUCGCAGGUGAUAAGGGUGAUAGAGGCUUGCAGGGUGAGAGAGGAAUGAAGGGUGUUAAAGGUGAUUUGGGUGAUACUGGACUCCCUGGACAAUCUGGAAGACCUGGAGAAAAAGGCGAAAUGGGCCUCACAAGAGAGGACAUCAUUAAACUGAUCAAAGAGAUCUGUGGUUGUGGCAUCAAAUGUAAGGAGAGGCCUAUGGAGCUGGUGUUUGUAAUUGACAGCUCUGAAAGUGUCGGUCCUGAAAACUUUGAAAUUAUUAAAGACUUUGUCACAGCACUUGUGGAUCGCAUCACAGUGGGCCGCAACGCCACACGCAUCGGCCUUGUUCUAUACAGCCUGGAUGUUCAUCUAGAGUUUAACCUGGCACGCUACAUGACCAAGCAGGAUGUCAAGCAGGCUAUCAGGAAGAUGCCCUACAUGGGAGAGGGGACGUACACUGGUACUGCUAUUCGCAAGGCUACACAGGAGGCUUUUUACAGUGCCCGCAACGGAGUCAGAAAAGUGGCCAUCGUCAUCACUGAUGGACAGACAGAUAAGAGAGAGUCUGUGAAGUUGGACAUGGCAGUGCGGGAGGCCCAUGCUGCUAACAUUGAAAUGUAUGCUCUAGGGAUUGUUAACACAACAGACCCUACACAGGCUGAGUUUCUCAGAGAGCUUAACCUCAUUGCUUCAGACCCAGACAGUGACCACAUGUACCUCAUUGAUGACUUUAACACCUUGCCUGCUUUGGAGUCUAAGCUUGUAAGUCAGUUUUGUGAGGAUGAGAAUGGAGCACUCAUCUACAAUCGUAUCACCAAUGGCGUCAAUGGCCACAAUGGAUAUAGGCGUAAUGGCCAUGAUUACCAUGACAAUGUCUUAUUUGGGAAUAAUGGCUAUGGAAGUCACCAUGAAGAAGAAUUUAACAGGAGGGUUAAUGCUCACAGUGGAACAAACUUUGCACGAACCAACCCUGUGCCCUUCAGGACUACGUCUGAAUUAGACUUAGGAAGUCAUGACCGCAAAGUAACUGAUAUCAAAACUGAUGUCACACCUGUACAGCCUGUGAAAGAGAACAGCAGAACAUCUCACACCAGCGUCAUAUCAUCAUCACUGCCAUUGUCACCAUCAUCUUCUUCAUCUUCUUCAUCAUUGCAAUCAUCGUCAUCAUCAUCAAAAUUGUCCUCUUCUUCCUCAUCAGGAUCUAUUAUAUCGAGUUCAGUGAGUGUAAAGCCACAGCCCCGUCCUGUUAUAGUCUCAGCUCCUCUGGAUCCUCGUUGCUCUCUUGUCCUGAGCCAGGGGACCUGCCGAGACUACAUCAUCCGCUGGUACUAUGACAAACAUGCAAAUGCUUGUGCCCAGUUCUGGUAUGGAGGAUGUAAUGGCAAUGAGAAUCGCUUUGACACUGAGGAUGAAUGCAAGAAGACAUGCGUUAACAAUAUAGCAGGUUAAAUGGAUCUCAAAGCAAACUGACUAAAAAGUGAUGUUAUUUUUACUCUUCACCAUCUGCCAGGAAAAUGUUUAACAAAUAUAAAAAAAAAGGAAAAAAGAUAGAUAAAAUAGGAUUAAAAAAGAUUACUGUGAUCACCUGCUCCAUACUAAAGCAGUGUUUAUGAAGUAAUGCCUGUUUUCUUUCCCUUAAUGAAACAAAUAACAAAUUUCCUAAUAUACCUCAUUUUUUUUCAUCCAUAUUCACAUUUUCUCCCUGUAGGAUUUUUCUGCACUGUAUUUCAUUAAUAUGUUACAGUUGUACAACUGUAUUUCUAUAUUUUGUCUUAUAUAUAAAUAUUAAAAUAUAUUUUCAUGUGCAAAGUUACAGAUACUGUAAAUUUCUAAAUUACAGGAAAGACUUUGACAUGUAACAAAAUUAUUCAUAGCAAUUAAUAAAUAAGAAUGGUUAAGAUUAUAGAACAUAGGCUUUGUAUUCUUUACUUGAUAUCUU